GCUUUCAAACUCUGGCAAGCCUGAAUUUGAGGUCACACGUCUUCUCUCAGGUGACGUCAAUGGGUAGCUGAAUCGAGCGACCCCAGAAAAUUGAGUAUCUCCACAUCGCUGGUCUGGUCUGUUCGCUCACCCGUCUCAACGUCCGUCUGAACACGCCUGGCUGGCCAACCGGCUCGCCCAUCCGAUCAGCAUGGCCCCCAUCCUGUCCUUGAGCGAGCAGGUGCGCCAAGUCCAGGAGGAGAUCGUCAAGCUCAACCUCAAACUCAAAGAACUGACCGAGGCCUUCGCGGCCGUGCGACAUGACGCCGACAUGGAAGACCUCAACGGCCAAGUCCGGAGUCGAUUGUCCCAAUUCCGAAGUCUGAUUGACCAACUCCGACGACUGGCUGAGGCUCAAAGCCACCUCGAGGCCCAGGCCAUGCUCAUGGCCGACGUGGAGAACCACAGUCAGUCCUUGAUCACCUCUCAACGACAGUUCCGACAGGCCAACCUCCAAUGCAUCCAGCAACUCGAGCGCCGGACCCAGGACCAACUCAUGUCCAGCUCGUCCUCCUCGUCCCCAGGAAGAGGGCCCGGGCCAGAGUUAGGCGGGGGAGUUCGAGCCCGCCGACCCGUCACUUCACGGGAUGAGCUCCUGCAGGAGAAUGGCCAAGCUACGGAUCACUUGGCCUCGAUUUCCAGGCAAUUGGCGGCCACGGUCCAGCGAUCGGCCCACACGGUGGAAGAGUUGGCCAUCUCGUCGCAAACCGUGAGCGAGACGCAGGGCGAGUUCAAUGAGAUGGGCUCCGUGAUUGGGCAAUCCCGGAAGCUCAUCACGAAGUAUGGUCGACGCGAAACCACGGAUCGGGUGCUCAUCUUCUUCGCCUUUGCCUUUUUCUUCGCCUGCGUUUUCUAUAUUCUCCGGAAACGGGUUUUGGGACCGCUGGAUCCGUUCUCGUUGAUUUGGGCCUCGGUCUCGACCUUGAUUGUGUCCUUGCUCAACUUGGUGGGCUUGAAAUAACUGAACUGUGAUAUUAAAUGUGGAGGCCGGACCGCCAGACCUUUUUUUCAAAGAAGAAAUGUGGUGAUCAUGGGUUAUCCUGAUACGAUUCUGCCUUUCUCGUUACAGA